GCGACGGCCAGGCCUGAGCGGCCCGCCACCGGGACGCGCCGCGGCGCCGAGCCGUGGGGUUCUGGAUGGUCGCAAGUCGAGGUCCGCACUGGCCACGGGAGGCGUCGUCGGGCCCCUGCGGAGACCCCGCCGCAGCCAGGACCCCGGGAGACCGCGCUGGAAGGAUGCGGAGCGGCUGCCCUGGACUUCCGCUGCAGCAGGAGGGGUCCGCGGCGGACGCCGGGCCGGAGUUCCAGGCUGGGAGCUCAGUUUGUAAAGGUCUUAAGAACAAGGACGGUGACUUUGGCUCCAAAGCCUCAAGGUAGUGGCCUGCUUGACACGUCUAUCUCAGGUCCUCUCCAGGAGGACCUGGCCACCAAAGGGUCGUCUUCUGCUGCUGACCCCCAUCAAAUCCCAUCAUGCCCACAGCCCUGUGCCCCCGAGUCUUGGCUCCAAAAGAAAGUGAGGAGCCCAGGAAAAUGAGGAGCCCACCUGGAGAGAACCCUAUCCCCCAGGGGGAGCUUCCCAGCCCCGAGUCCUCUCGUCGCCUCUUCCGCCGUUUCCGCUACCAGGAGGCAGCAGGCCCCCGGGAGGCCCUACACCGCCUCUGGGACCUGUGCCGAGGCUGGCUGCGGCCUGAGAGGCACACCAAGGAGCAGAUCUUGGAGCUACUGGUGCUAGAGCAAUUCCUGGCCAUCCUGCCCCGGGAGAUUCAGAGCUGGGUGCGGGCCCAAGAGCCCGAGAGUGGCGAGCAGGCUGUGGCUGCCGUGGAGGCACUGGAACGGGAGCCCGGGAGACCCUGGCAGUGGCUCAAGCACUGUGAAGACCCCGUGGUGAUUGAUGAUGGGGACAGCCCUCUGGAACAGGAGCAGGAGCGACUGUCAGCAGAGUCCCAGAGCAACCUUGCAAAGAGCCAGGAUGCCCAGCCUGUGGCCCUGGCACAGGGCUCUGGGCUCUCAAGCAGAGCACCAGGCCAACUCAAUGGAGACCCAGUUCCACAAGAUGCUUUCCUUCUUCAGGAAGAGACUAUGAGGGACGCACAGCAGGUGGCCACUCUCCAGCUGCCCCCGAAUCGGGCUUCUCCAUUCAAGGACAUGAUCUUGUGCUUCUCUGAAGAGGACUGGUCCCUCCUAGACCCUGCCCAGACUGGCUUCUAUGGAGAGUUCAUCAUUGAAGAGGACUGCAGGGUCUCAGUGCCUCCGAAUGACCCAGCUGCCCAGCCAGAUCUCUCCCAGGGAGAGGAGAAUGAGCCGCAGGUUUCAGAGUUGCAGGACCUCCAGGGGAAAGAAGCGCCCCAGGUCUCCUACUUUGACCUUCCAAGUCUCCAGCCAUUCCAGGUGGAAGAAAGAAGGAAACGGGACGAGCCGCAGGUGCCAGAGUUCCAGACCUGCCAGCAGACAUCGCUGGAUCAGAGCACCUGCCCAGCUGGAGGCGGCCCGCCAUCCCUACAGCACAGCCUCGAGGAGGAAGUGACCAUCGAGAUUGUCCUGUCCAGCUCCGGGGAUGAGGACUCCCAGCACAGCCCGUACUGCACUGAAGAGCUGGGGAGCCCUGCGGAAAAGCAGCGCGGCCCCCCCGCCUCCCGCCGGAGCAGUGCCGAGGCGGGGGGCGAAGUGCAGGCCUCCUCCAAAAAGUCCUACGUGUGCCCGAACUGCGGGAAAAUCUUCCGCUGGAGAGUCAACUUCAUCCGGCACCUGCGGAGCCGCAAGGAGCAGGAGAAGCCGCACGAGUGCUCGGUGUGCGGGGAGCUGUUUAGUGACAGCGAGGACCUGGACGGGCACCUGGAGGCGCACGAGGCUCAGAAGCCUUACCGGUGUGGCUCCUGCGGGAAGAGCUUCCGCCUCAACUCCCACCUGCUCUCGCAUCGGCGGAUACACCUGCAGCCAGCCGGACUCGAGCAGGUGAAGAAGAGAGAGCAGGGGCCCUCAGGGGACGCUGGCGAGGAUCCCAGCGACCUGCCGGGAGACGGCAAGGCCAGGCUGAGCUUCCAGUGCUGUGACUGUGGGAAGGCGUUCCAGCGGCACGACCACCUGGCCCGGCACCGCAGCUGCUUGCACCCGAAGGACAAAGCCCGGCCCUUUCAGUGCCGCUACUGCGUCAAAAGCUUCAAGCAGAACUGCGACCUCCUGCGCCACGAGCGCCUGCACAUGAAGCGCCGGUCCAAGCAGGCUCUGAACUCCUACUGAGCCCGCGGCCUGGCGGCCCCUGGGCGGUGCUUCCCUCUCACGCUGGUACUGAUCGCCCCCUCCCCAACCGUGCCGCGCCUUCCCCAGGACAGACGGCACACCUCCUCCUGCCCUUUGCUCUCAGGUAGUGUCCAACCUUCGUGUGGUGCCGUGGCAGGCCCCCCUCCCCACAGAUAGUGAGAUAGUGGCCA